AAUCUUUUAAAGAAGCUAAAUAUCUAGCUCCUGUUCCCAUUUCACCCUCUUGAGUGCCUUUGGAGUAGUUAGGAGGUUUAAAUGGAGGCUGUUUAUCUUGACAAAGUCGAGGAUUUUUGAACUGGGGGACCCAAGGCAUAUUCAUAGGGGUACCUUAAUCUCCUUCCAUUUAACUUUCAGAGGUUUUGAGCCAGAUUAAUACAUCCCAGGCUCAAAUAAGAGAAUUCUGGAGUGAACAAAUAAGUAACACAAUAAGAGAGGUAACACAUUGAUUACACUGAUUGCUUCUAAGAGUGGAGAAGAACUCCAUGGCUGGAGAGGAGAAAGAAUGCUUGCCUUUUUUCCUUUUAAAGUUUGUGCCCUGUGCAAUUUCCUAUAGGAAACUACAGUACAGCCUGGAAAGAUAACCAGGAAGUGGGUAAUGCUGGUUGCCUUCAGCCAGGAAAUCUGGGUAUAAGGCAAAAGUAGACUGGGAAAGACAUUUUUCACUGUCUUAGAUAUCUUUUGAACUUUCAGCUGUAUUAUUUUCACCUAUUAAAUGAAUGUCAACUGAAGCAAAUGGGUCACUUAUGGAGAUUCUCAUGUUGACUAUCUGAAAAAUGAAAGUUCUCUCAAACUACAAAGGAAUGUUGUAUAACAAUUCCAAAACUUCAGUGGCUUUCAUUCAUGUUCACAAUGCUGCAGGUCAGCUGUGGGUUAGAUCCUAGGUGGGCCAGACUGGAUCCAGACUUUGCCCUUCCUGUCUGCACCACGUGUUAAUUGGGUACGCAGGCUGAAAAUGCAAAGCUGCCCAAAGCAUGUCUCAGAGUGAAAGCGCAAGAAGGCUUCUGAGAACCUGCUGUGACUCAGCUGAGAAGCGGCACACCGGGUCUUCACCUGUAUUCCGUCAGUUAAAGCCCGUUAUGGCCAGAGCUAGAGUCUGUGGGGUGUGAUGGGUCCUCUGCCUGGGAGCAGGCACCUCAAGGCCAAGGACAAAGCAAGCUCUCUUCUCUUUCAGGAAAGCAGGGUGCUGAGUGUGAUAAUGAGUUAACAGACGUGCAAAAAUGAGGUUGAAGAUAGUUGAGAAUGAAGGUGCUUACCUGUGUAUAUUUUUAAAGUCAGUAUUUUUUUGCUAAGGUAGCACCCUACUUUGAAAUAAAUGACAUUUAUCUUACACCUGCUGGCCCUACACUUGUCUCUAAUCAUAGAGCCAGAAUCUUUGCAGGGAGAUGGCCUUUGCGUCUCAGAUGUAAUGCCCUUGCAGUUUAUUACUCAGCAGUGAAAAUGAGUCAUACAGAGGUUAAGUUAAAAAUACCUUUUGGAAAUAAAUUACUGGAUGCUGUUUGCUUGGUACCUAACAAGAACUUAACCUAUGGGAUAAUUCUUACACAUGGAGCAUCAGGAGACAUGAAUCUCCCACACUUGAUGUCACUAGCAGCACAUCUUGCAUCUCAUGGGUUUUUUUGCCUGAGGUUUACCUGCAAAGGCCUUAAUAUUGUACAUAGAAUUAAGGCAUAUAAAGCAGUUUUGAAUUACCUGAAGACCUCAGGAGAAUACAAACUUGCAGGUGUUUUCCUUGGAGGUCGUUCAAUGGGCUCCAGAGCGGCGGCCUCUGUCAUGUGUCACGUGGAGCCCGAUGAAGCCGAUGACUUUGUCCGGGGCCUCAUUUGUAUUUCCUAUCCACUGCACCAUCCAAAGCAGCAGCAUAAACUCAGAGACGAAGACCUCUUCCGUCUAAAAGAUCCUGUACUGUUUGUAUCAGGCUCUGCAGAUGAAAUGUGUGAAAAGAACUUGCUGGAGAAGGUGGCACAGAAAAUGCAAGCUCCCACUAAGAUCUACUGGAUCGAGAAGGCAAACCAUUCCAUGGCAGUGAAAGGACGGUCAACAAAUGAUGUUUUCAAAGAAAUAAACACACAGAUUUUGUUUUGGAUUCAGGAGAUCACUGAAAUGGACAAGAAAUAAUUGGGUUAAAGCCAUGUUAUUUUGAAUACCAAUACAGUUAAUUUGAUAAAUAACAAUAUACCUCUCAGCAUUGAGAUAUAUUUCAGACUAAUGUUCUUUAAUGUUAUCCUAUUUUUGAAACACAUUUUUAAUUGUGAAAUUAAUAUACUUUACAAAUGUCUUUGACAGCACUGUUAUAGUUGUAUGAAUAUGGUGUACAAAUAUUGAAGGUGGUCUAAAUAUAAUUUAUUUUUAUUAGUAUAGUUAAGUUUUGAAAAAAAAAUUAAAACAUUUGAAUUUUGUUACAGCA